UACUUGUAACUUAUUCAUGUGCUAAUGGUAGUUAAAUAUGGUUGUAAUCUGUAAAUUCGUUAUCGGUUUAAUUAUCGCAAAUAUAUUCACUGCGCCUACCUAACAACUGGAAUGCUGGAGAUUAUAGUUCCGUUAAUUACGAGAGAUAAUCCGAAUUUGUGAUGCUGCUGUUUUAUUGCUGAAAAGUAGGAAAUGUCUUGCAAGUAAAUGUGUACAAACGGUGGGUACGGUUCAUGAAAUCUCUAAAUAACGACUCGUAGCUCGUUGUGUGUAACUACGGCGAGUUUUGUAGUCAUUUGUCACUGUACCAUGAGUAAUGGUCAAUAGUUUGCCAACAAAGUUGCUUCCCAGGUAUGCCCUGCGAAGAUAAAUCAGAUUCAUGGUCUUGUGCAAUGUUACGUAAAUCUGUAUAUGCUCUAUUUGAAGCAUCCUGUGGAUUCCUUAGCGCCAGAUGUUUAAUAUUUGAGCUUUCGCCAGUUUCGCCAUGUCCUGAGGCCGAACGCAACAGCGUUUUCCCAAUUAGGGUAACAAUUGGCGACGCUUUUCUCUAUUGUUUACCGACCUUGUGCGAUUCUCAGGUGUUACGCGUUUGGAUUCCUUGCACUUGAUUAGAUUUUUAACCUCGAAGUGGACUUGUUGCGUUGCUCCGGAGCAAUAAUGAUGGCGUCCGCUGUGACGUGAACGGCGUGCAUUCCCACAAUCGAUAGCUGUAUUUGGGGCCCGGGGUUCCUUAGACGUAGGCGUCGUUCAUCUGCACCAUUCGCCCACGCCAUCCAUUCAAACCGCCCACGAGAGUACGAUGACGUCACUCGGUUGUGCGGCGCCACCCCUCUCACUCCUUUCGUUAUCCCGGAGUCCUGUUUCCUAGCAACUGGUGAUCUGCAGGAUCGUGCGCCAGGACAAUCGCGGACUCGCCGUCGAAGAGUCAGGAUGACGGCUUCUGUCCCUGCCAUCGAGCAUUCCGCGGCUUCGGCCGUCGAACACGAGAUGGAAGGGUGCAGCACACCAGACGCGUACGGUGACUGCAUGGCAGACGUGAACUACUUCCUUGAAAUGGAAGAGAGGAUGAAGAGUAAUAACAGUAGCGUUGGGGAUGUUAAGAAUAUUGAAUCUCAGCAACGGCUGGCAGUGCUCAGUUUCGAGCAGGUCUGCCGGUUGAACGAUGUGAUGGAUGAGGUGGUGAGCAUCCACGGACGUGGCAACUUCCCGACUCUGGAGGUCCGGCUCAGAGACCUGGUGAACGUGGUGAGGAAGAAGCUGGAGACUGAUACCGCGUCGGGCGGCGCGGGCAUGCGAGUCCGCGAUAUCCGUCUGAACGGUGGCGCAGCUUCGCACGUUUUGGCCACCGAGUCUCAGCCAUAUAACGAUUUGGAUCUCAUCUUCGGAGUCGAUUUGUCCAACGUGCGGAAUUUCGACCGUGUCAAGUCCGCCGUUCUCAGUUCUCUCUAUGAAAUGUUACCUGAUGGCGUCAGCCGCAAACGCAUGUCCACAUGCAGUCUCAAGGAAGCUUACGUAAGCAAGAUGGUGAAAGUGAAUAGUAGUAAUAAUGAUGGUGAUCGCUGGUCCCUCAUCUCUCUCGGUAAUUCCCGCGGUCGUGGCGUCGAAUUGAAAUUCGUCGACAGCAUGCGACGGCAGUUCGAGUUCUCCGUCGAUUCGUUUCAAAUAAUCUUGGACUCUCUUUUGCUCUUCUACGAAUGCAGCGAGCUUCCCAUCAGCGAGAAUUUCUACCCGACGGUCGUCGGCGAAUCCUUCUACGGCGACUUCCAGGAAGCUUUGUACCACUUACACAAGAAGCUGAUCUCAACGAGACACCCCGAGGAAAUACGCGGGGGCGGUCUGCUCAAGUAUUGCAAUUUGCUAGUCAAGAACUACAAACCGGCGAGUCCCGAUUACAUCAAGAGUCUCCAAAAGUACAUGUGCUCGCGGUUUUUCAUCGAUUUCCCCGACAUUAACCAACAGAGGGGGAAACUAGAGAACUACCUUUGGAACCACUUUGUCGAGCCGGAGGAAGAGGCUCUCAAACACCAGUACCUGAUGCUAUUGCACGACGUGGUGGAGGAGUCGACCGUUUGUCUGAUGGGUCACGAACGGCGACAAACCCUCCAGCUGAUAAAGAGUCUGGCUUGGCAGGUCCUCUACCAGGACCAGCAGCGCAUAAUGACCCAGCAGCCGCCGCCCCUGAUGUACGCCAACGGCAUCGUCUACGCUCCCAUCAUCCAGACGAGCUGCUAUUGUACGUGCAACACAUGGAUGUCGUGCUGUUCGUCGUGAUGUGUAUAAGUCUGUGCGAGUCGUCCGAAGCGGAACCACAGCAUCUUAUCUAUCCGUCUAGAUUCGGUAGCUGUUGGUAAAGACUCUUUAUUAGACUUUAGUCAUUUUGUUUACACCUCGUACAGACAAAUUACUACUGACUGAGGUUUCCAUUUUUGGAGCCCGUAUGAACUCUCUGAACGCAGGCUUCACGUGUCGUCUCUUUGACUACGAAACCAUUCCGAAAUUUUACACAGAAGGCUAUUUGUUGAUUUCGUUUGCAACAUGAGGCUGAAAGUUCUUAACAAAACAUGUUGACGCAUCAUUGGUGUGUGGCUGUGAGAAACACAUUUAUAAUUGGGUUGUGUACAUGGAGAUUUAGCGAUUGGAGCGUAUUUCUCGAGAGAUGCAGCCUGAAGCGUCCGAUACGUCGCUCAAUUUUACUCAAUAUUGUAAGUCACAAGGACCCUCUCGGGCGCUCCGCCGCCACUCCUUAGCCCUCUCCUCCUACUCUGGAACUUUGCCGUAAUGCAUUUUAUACGCAUAUUAUUAUACGUACAUAACAAUUAUAGCAACACGUUUGUACCACUUUAUUCACCGACAUAUUUUUUCUUCCUUUGUUUGUAUUUUUUAUUUGAUGCUUUAAAAAACCGUUUAUUUAGGUUUUAUGAAAGUAAUGUUAUAUUACGUUACUUAUUCCUUUACAUUAUUGUGUACUUUAAAUACUUAUUAUCUUUAAUAGUGUAUUGAUGUUUAAGUAUUGCAUCGACAUUGGGCCUCUUAUUAUUGUAUUUUUUAUUGUUUGAUGCUUACCAGGGACCUUCAGGCUGCAUACAUACAUGUAAUAUUUUAAGAAAUCCUGCAAUCAGUGCAAAACGUCGCCCGAUCGCAAUAAGUAUUAAACAUUGUACAUAAUGUAAAAUACAAGUCAUAAUUCAUAUUAAGUGAAUAUUUUCAGAAAUAUGUAUGUAGUUUGUCACAAGUAAAUUAGCAAGUGUAUGAUAGAUCAAAUCGGAUUUUUAUUUUUAGAUACUUUAGAGAAAAUACUUAAAAAAAUGUUAAAAACUGAGCCAUAAACAAACAAAAAAAAAAACGAAUUUGUGAAUUGGCCUAAUUAAUAUUGUUGUAUGCUCAGUCUGACUAGUAGUUAUCAUAGACUGCUCGGUGACCUCUUUAACAUGCCUACAAGUACUUAUGUCGCGAGGGUGACUGACUGAAAAAUUACAUACAUAAUAUUGCUGGAUCUUUAGGAUUCGCUCUAAGCUAUUAUCUAUCAUAGGAAACAAAAAUGAAAAAAAAUACAAAAUGUCUAUUUUGAUUGAAAUGUAUGUAUGUUAUAAUGGGCUUAAUCUGUAUAUUUUUAUUGUUCCAUAGGCCCAGUAAGGAUAAACUAAGAAAAAUGUAAAAACCCAAUAAAAAUGAAUAAAAUGUGUAAACAUUUCUGAAAUGA